UUCAGUGUCGUGUCCGCGCGGCGUAAGCUUCAAGUAUCGCGGGUUCAUCGCGCUGUGCCAGUGUUGACUGUUUUUUGUUUCCUCGAUGGACUGACUUUGCUUUUCCGAAAUGCUGAUCUCGAACGGAAACGCUCUGGGCGGCGCAGGAAAUGACUUUUCCAGUGUGGCCGCUCUGUCUGGCUGCUGUCCCGUUCCUAUCACUCCGGCACCACGGUCGGCGAUUGUCAACUGGAAAAUGGAUUCCGUCGGGUUGCCGACGCCUAGCACGGCGCCUAGUAUCAUGACUUCUGCGAUUCCUCUGUCGCCAACAGAUUCAUCAUCCGCCUCUAUUACCAGUCAAGUAUCAGCUACACCUUCUUCAGCUAUUCCUUCAUCGCUUGGUCCUGCAGCGCUGAGGGAAUUGUACGGCAGUACCGCUGCAACCCCUGGACACCCCCUGGCUUCUCUAGUUUCGCAACAGAGGUUUUUGGAGUUAUCAAGGUUUGGUUUGAGGCAUUAUGACUUAGCGCAGCACAUGCUCACACAACAGGGGGCUGUAACAAAACUACUAGGAACUUUGAGGCCACCCGGGUUGAUUGGAGGUAGUAAACCCAAAGUAGCCACCCCUGCAGUAGUUUCAAAAAUAGAGCAGUAUAAAAGGGAGAAUCCCACGAUAUUUGCCUGGGAAAUACGAGAAAGACUGAUAUCGGAAGGAGUAUGCACAAAUGCAACAGCACCUUCUGUCAGCAGCAUCAACCGAAUCCUUCGAAAUAGGGCAGCUGAAAGGGCGGCAGCGGAAUUUGCCCGGGCAGCUGGCUAUGGUCUAUAUCACCACCACCCCUAUGCUGCUGCUGGAUUCCCUUGGCAUUCACCCCUAUGGCCCAAUGGACCUUUGCACGGUCUUCAACCUCCCGGAGCUGGCAACCCAACAGUUAUGGCCGCCUCCCCAGUAUCAUCCGGUUCUCCCCACCCCGACCACGGGCUCAUGAGCUCACCCCCCGGUCUGGACAAGGACGAUUCCAGUCUAGACAGCUCAGAACAGCCAAAGUUCAGAAGAAAUAGGACAACAUUCAGUCCUGAUCAGCUUGAAGAAUUGGAAAAGGAGUUCGAGAAAAGUCACUAUCCCUGCGUUUCCACUAGAGAGAGGCUUGCUUCCAAAACGUCACUUUCGGAAGCGAGGGUUCAGGUUUGGUUUUCCAACAGACGGGCGAAAUGGAGGCGGCACCAACGCAUGAACCUACUGAAGCGGUCAUCUCCGGGCCCGCAGGGCAGCGGCCAGUCUUCGAUGUUCGGCGGCCGCUUGACCCCCUCGCCACACUACAAGGGCGGCUCCACCCCUGGCUCGCCGCUUACUACGCAUCUCACCUCCCACCCCGCGGCUUCGUCCCUUUUGUUGGGGAUGGGCGGCGAAAAUAGCGCCUUCAAGGCUCUGGUGCCUGGAGGGCUGAUGAAUUCCCAGGAGAGUCUCAGGCGAUUGAGCGAUUACGUGACAGAUUCCGAAGAAGAAAUAAACGUCAAUGACGAAUCAGAUAUCGAGGAUCAUAUAGAAAGGAGAUCGCGUUCCUACAGUCCAGUAGAAGUUGUCGAGGUAUCUUCCAAGGACACCACGACGUGCCAGCCGCUGCAGCUCACAAUGCAUGAUCGGGAUUAACGUGACAUGUAACGUAUACUGUAACAAAUUAUUUCAGGAUAUUUGUGAAACCAGUUAGUCCUCGAAACAUGAAAUUAACGAAACUCAACGUGGCUUAUGUGGUGAGGAUUUUGCUAAAUGAUCCAAAAACUGUUUUAUGUGCUCUCAUGGCAAUUUUCAUAGUGCGAACAUGAGAAGUUCCUUCUGUUAACUUUUGAACGAGACUAGAUAUCAAUGUCAGCCAGAAUUAUGAAGAAAAACUCAUUUUCAUCAAUUACUUUUUUGUGUGACUUCUUCCGUUACCAUUUUUCAGACAGUAAGGGGGUCUUAUAAUACCUGGGUUGACAGGUCAUUCGAUCUUUCAAUUCUUUAUCCAACAUCAUUUUCCCAAAAUUAGUUCAUCCGAUCCUGAGUUGUGAGUAGUUUUACAUUCUUCAUA